AUCUCGUCCGUCGACAGAUUUCGUCUUGUCAACUGCCGCGUAGUAGACUUAUCCUUCAAUUCUUUCUCUUUACCCCCCUUCAUGCUGUUUCCUGCCUGUCUCGGUGCUAAAAUAUCAAAAAUCACAUCGAAUGACGUCCGCACUUGCAAUGGACGGCGAGGUCCACUUCAUGGACUCUCCAGAAUACGCCGGUGAUAAGACUCUGCACCUCAAUAUCACCCUGAUUAUCUGCACAACGAUCGUAGUUGGUCUCAGGCUCUAUGCUAGGGCUUUCAUGGCUAAGGCAUUGGGGCUCGAUGAUUUGCUUGCAUUUUUAGCCUUCGGACUAGUGUCUGCGUUGUCCGCAAUGGAUAUUCGCCUUGUCCAGUUUGGCAGCGGAGCACACAUCGAAUAUGUCCCAAAGCCUUUACUAACGAUAUGGUUCGAGUCUCUAACAACACAGACACUGAUUUACUUCGUCGGAACCGGGGUGAUGAGACUGUCGAUUGUGGCUUUUCUUCCUCGCCUGAGUCAAGAUAGGACGUAUCUGAUACUUGUCUACAUUACCGGCUUCUUUGUGGUGGCCCAGACUGCCGGAUGCUUUUUCUAUCGCCUCACGGAGUGCAGCCCCAUAGCAGACAUAUGGAAACCUCCCUUCUUGCCAGGGCUUAACUGCGUUCCUCCCGAAGCCGAGAAUACAAUGAUGGUAGCUAAUCAAGUGAUUGGUCUGAUCCUGGUUCUUGCACUGAUGGGAUUACCUAUAGUUAUGGGUUGUUUACACGAAGAUGUUUUUCUCCCAACGAGCCUUCCAGGUUAUCUUAGUGUUCAGCGUGGGGCUUUUUGUAAUUGUUACAGGUUGUAUCCGCCUCGUAAUGUUGAAGACACUACUUUUCCUCGCCGAUCCUACCUUCAACAUGUCGGCUAUAGGCGUCUGGACCGAUCUGGAAGGACAUAUUGGGCUCUGGGUUGCCUCAUUUCCCGCAUUGCAACCUCUCGUUCGAAUUGUCUCCUAUAAACUUGGCUUUCGAAGCAAGCUCCAAAGCUACGUUGAAGAAGGACGUUCGGAUACUGGCGGUGGUGGUGGUGGGACAAGGUCGAGAUCAGGGGCUUGGACUGGUCCUGCUCGUAGCAGAGGCUACGUACGCAACGGAAGCGGCAUCGAUGCUGCAGAUAGUCAUAGCGAGAGGGGCAUCAUAUCUAGUGCAGAUAAAGAUGUAGAGUUGGACAAGAUGGAUUGCAGAAUUUCUGGUAUUCACAAACAAGUUGAUGUGGAAGUUCGAGUGGAUGAUGA